GGGUAAAAGUUUAACUACAAAACCCUGACUACACCUCGCUCUCUUUAUCGAUCCUAUUUCCCAGAGUACUCAGCUGGGCCUGUAAGGACGAAGAAGAGGGUGGAACCCACAGCUAUGGGCGCCCGCACAGCCUUCCGGGAAAUAGAGUCCGGCUGCUUGGCGCGGAGGGUCCUGGGUAAAGAAGCUCCAGGCGCUUCGCUGGGCGCCGGAAACUGCUGUGAGGAGGCGCGCGUGACUUGUUCUGUCUCCUGUUCUCCCCCCCCCCGGACAACGUCUAUUAACCCGACGGACGGUAGUGUCGAGGGAAACUCAGGUUGGAAUUUGUCUUCCUACUUCUGGACAGUUUGGGGGCUCAUCCAGCAUGGACAGGGAGUCAGCUACAGGAGGAAGAAAGACAUUUUCACAACUCCUUUCCUGCAGCUCUACCAGCCAGGAACGUGGAAGAGAAGGAGGAGGAGCUUAAAAAUAGCACUGGGCCCAGGCAACUAUGAUGGAGGACUUUGCGACACACAACACGGCCAUGGAUUUCACCUUGGAGGAUUGGGAGCAGCUGGGACUGGACCGGGGGGACCUGUUCUGGGACACGGCACUGGACAACUAUCAGAACCUCUUCCUGCUGAACCCCCCGAGACCUAGCCCAACAUCCCAUCCUGAUGGUGAGGAAGAGUUGGAGGCCCUGAUGAGAGGAAGCCUAGAAGCAGUGGGUCCUGACAUGCCUGAGACCAAGAACGCCCCUCUGAAGCAGAAUUUCUUGGAAGAGGGACUCUCCCAGGGGAUUAUGGAGGUGUUUUGCAAGGAUGACCCUUGGAACUCCAGGCUUGAAGUCUGUGUAGAUGAGAGCUGGUUAGGUAGUUUGCAGGAAGAUCCAGAGAGUCUUCUAAAGUCUGUCAUUGUCAACAAUAAGGAAAGUACCACGGAAUCCAGCAGUCACGAAUUGGAGAGUGGUCUGAGUCCUUUCCUCCUUUCCACAGGAGAAGACUCUGUGAUGCCUGUUACUGAAAAGAGCCUCGCAUCAGCUGAGUCAAAGGAAUAUAGGUGCGCCUUUGCCUGCAACGCAGAGCAGAGGCAGCAGGAUGCUGUCCAGGGAGAGGAGAAGCCAUACAGAUGCAGUGAGUGUGAAGACAGCUUCAGCCAAGGUAACCACCUUAUCCAGCACUGGAUCCCCCACGUGAGGGAAGAGCCAUCGGCACAUGAAGAGGACCAGGGAGAAUUCUGUCUGACUUCUUACUUGGUCAUGCAUCCUGUGACCCACACAGGCCACAUAUGUAAGGAAUGUGGGAAAACUUUCAGUCAGAAUAUUCACCUCCAGCAGCAUCAAAAAAUUCACACUAGAGAAAUACCGUGUAAGAGUCAAGGUGGCAGCUGUACAUCUAGUCAUCGUGGAGAGCCUGUGAAGUGUCAGAAAACCACCGGAAGUGCUAAGUCCUUCAAAUGUAACAAAUGUGACAUGACUUUCACCCAGGCCCUUCAUCUUAUUGGGCACCGGAAAACGCACACUCAGAAGCACUAUGAGUGUGCCACGUGCCAGGCAGUCUUCACCUUGAGGAAACAUUUCAUGCAACAUCAGAAAACUCAUGCUGCAAAAACUACCUCUCAGUGUCCGGAGUGCGGAAAGACCUUCCGGCAGAGAUUGUCACUCAUCAAACACCAGGCUAUUCAUACCGGGGAGAAGCCUUACAAGUGUGAUGAAUGUGGGAAAACCUUCAGCCACACUUCCACCCUGAAGAUUCACCAGAAGGUUCACAGCAGAGAGAGACCUUACAAAUGCAGUGAGUGCGGGAAAGCCUUCUCCCGGAAAACUCACCUUCACGAACACCAGCAGAUUCACACAGGCAGCAAACCCCACAAGUGUCUGGAGUGUGUCCGGAGUUUCAGCCGACCUUCACACCUGAUCCGACACCAGGCCACUCAUGCCACAGAGAGGCUCUUUGGAUGUGCUGAAUGCAAGCAGACCUUCGGUAAUAAAGAGAACCUAGUGCAACACCAGAAAAUCCACACCAUCGAAGCCCCCUAUGUGUGUCUAGAGUGUGGAGAACGCUUUGUUUCCAACUCAACCCUGAACUGCCACUUAAGUGUCCAUGCCAAGGAAAAGCAAAGAUUCAAUGGGAGCAGGAAAGUUUUGGAUCAGAGCCCAGGACAGACAGAGGACCCAAGGCGUGAUGAGAAAUACUUUAAGUGUAACAAAUGUGGAAAAGCUUUUAACCACAACAGAUACCUCACUCAGCACAAGAAGAUUCACACCAGGGAACAGGUCUUUGAGUGCAACCAGUGUGAAGAAGCCUUCAGCCAGAGGACACAGCUCCUCUGCCAUCAGAGAAUGCACUCUGGGAAGAGGCCUCAUGAAUGUGGUGAGGAUGGGGAAGUUGUCCCCAGCGCCUCCCUCACCGGACAUCAGCCUUCCCAAAGUGAACACCCCUUUAAAUGUAACGAAUGUGGCAACACCUUCAGCCAAAACACUCACCUCUCGGAACAUCAGUUAAUUCACACUGCAAAGAAGCUCUUCAAAUGUAAUGAGUGUGACCGGGUCUUCACACAGAGUAACUACCUUGUUCAGCACCAGAAAGCUCAUGUCACAAAAAAGCACUUUUUGUGUAGCGAAUGUGGGAAAAUGUUUCAUCAGAGCUCAUGCUUUUCUAAGCACCUGAGAACUCACUCGGGAGAGAGGCCCUUUGAAUGUGGCGACUGCGGGAAAGCCUUUGGCAUGAAUGCUGAACUCAUCCGACACCGGAGAGUUCACACUGGAGAGAAGCCUUACCUUUGUCAGGAUUGUGGGAAAGCCUUCAGCCAGAGCUCGUGCCUUUCUAUUCACCGGAGAGUUCACACUGGGGAGAAGCCCUAUGUGUGUAGCAAAUGUGGGAAAGCCUUCACCCAGAGAGCUAAUCUAACUCAACAUGAGAGGAUUCACACUGGGGAGAAGCCUUACUCCUGCGGUGUGUGUGGCAAAACCUUUGGCUUCAGUGCCCAUCUUACUCAGCACCAGAGAAGUCACACCCAGGAGAAACCUUACCAGUGUCAACAUUGUCAGAAAGUCUUCAAGUGCUUUUUCACUCUCGUCAGACACCAACGACUUCAUGCUCGAAAAUAAUAGCAGCAAUCGUUUCUGUAGCCCUUAGGUAGCAACAGAGUCCCAGGCAUCCAAACAUUCCUCUGAGGUCGUAUUUGAAGCCAGCACAUUGCAAGCUUCCUUCUCCAGCUUAAGUCUAUCAAGGAAGAUCGAUUAGAAAGCUUGCACAUGAGUUUUAUUAAAACAAAAGCAGAGAAGCUGUGUAACAUUGAGAUUCAGAGGUAGACUGGAUCCAGCCCACCUAAGUUGUAUGCCACCUGUCAUCUGCCAUCUUAAGUGGCCUUGGGGAAGUCCUAAAAGAUCUUUGGGCCUCAGUGUCCUAAAAUCUGUAAAAUGAGUAUAUUAGUCACCUACCUCAGUUCAGCACUUGUGAGCAUUGAAUAGAUACCAAGCACUUAGAACCAACGCCUAACACAUAUUGAACAGAAAGCCAAGCGGAGCAUGGGAACGCCUCAUCUCGGAAGGCUGAAACUUUGAGCCGACCUCGCGGACCGCUCACAGGACCCCCGCGCUUGUUCACACGCCUCCUUUCAUGCUCCUCCAGGUCGGCAAUUGCUUAUGCAGCAGGGGACCAAAUGUGUCCGGGGGAGUUAAUGGUACUGCAAGUGGGAUUCAUGAGUGGGUUCUGCUAACGGGGCCGUUAGGAAAGCUGUGUUGGAUAUUGCUACGUGAAACAGGACGCUGAAGACAUGGCUGGUGGUGAGAAUUGGUGCCUGAAGGUGAUGACAGAGCUGUUCGCCCUUUAUCCAGUGUAAAUGCUCUGUGAGGCUCCAGGAGAAGGGAUACUGAUAGGGUAACCCUGGCUCUGAAAGCUGGCCUCGGGAAGGGAAGUGACUCAUUUCCUAGAGGAGCUGUCCGUUGGCAGUGAACACCUUUACAGUGCCGCUUCCCUCACAUCCAGGAAGUGUGGAGUUACUGAGGAUUGUUGGCAAGGAGCCAUGAGGAGAUAACCCUUCCCAUUGUGGCCCUGGGUUCACCUUGGUCGCGCCUGACCCAGCCAUGUGACCAACUCCUCGAGUUCCUUGUCAGCUGUGGCUUUUUGUGCCCUACGCACUGAAGUGGCCCGGUCACAUUGACUGAAGCAACAGAAUCUCACAAAAAUGUUGGAUUCAGACCCAGUAUGUUCCGUAUUUGGGAUGCUCUACAUUCUUGGGCUUUUGAGUUCUGGUUUCUGUAGUUGAAGGGGGAACCUGUUAAGUACCCGGUGAGUCCACGUGACAGUGCUGAGCGUGUUGGUUCUCAGGUGCCUGGUUGUAUCUACACUGGGAGGUGGGCGUGUUUUAUCUGAAAGGGGUCUACCGAGUGUGGGCAGGGCAGAAACACGUUGAUGAGAAGUGUAUUCAACGGUUUUGACGCCACUGAUAGGGAUCAGAAACCUUAGGCAGCGAGGGAUGUAGCUUAGUGGCGCUGCACCUGCCCGGCAAGCACAAAGUCCCGUGUGUGAUCCUUGUUGGAAGUUGGUCUCUGUUACCUGUGUCGUGGUCUGCAGUGUGACGCCUGCCUUGUGUGUAUAUCAGCUGGCUCUCGGAUUAAAGUUUUGAGUCUUAAAAUAGUGAUGCCUCCUCUCAUUCUGGUGCCACAUACUCGGCCACGGCGGGGCACGCAUAGUCCCUGGCUGCCAGGCAUUCACACGCCAGUGGGGAAGACAGAAUAGGCUGUGGAGCGUGAGGGUGCCCUACAUCAAACUGCUGAAGCAAGUGACUAGACGUGGUAGCAUAUACACAAGUUUCACCGUUCCGGUGGCUGAAGUCCGGCCUCGAGGUCUGUCAGAUCCAUUGUCUGGCACGGCCGACUCUGGGCUCAUAGACGGCACCUUCCUGCUGUGCUGUCACGUGGUGGAAUGACCAAGGGGGCUCUGAGUUCUCU